ACGAGGAUUCAACUCGUCCACACUCCACCCUCGCAUUCGAGUUCACAGAGCCUCAAAGAAGUCAUUGCGCUCGCUCCCAAUGAUAGAGACAAUCCCCACAACUGGUCAAAUAGGAAGAAAUCCUUUGUUGUCUUCAAUGGAGUGGCUCUGGUCAUGUCUUCAACUAUAGGGUCUUCUAUAGCAACAGGAGCAUCGCAUCAAUUUGCUGCUUAUUUUGAUGUCACGAACCAGGUGCAGCUGGCCUUACCAACGUCCUCCUACUUGAGCGAAUACGUCCUAGGAAGGGCCCGCUACUUUUUUGGGCCACUAAGUGAGAGCUACGGCCGAAGAUGGGUCAUGAUGGCAACUUUGGUAAGGAUUCGUGCU